AACCAGCCCCGCUUUCAGCGCUCUGUUUUGAAACCUUCCCACCACCGGAUAUAUCCUCCAUAAUUCCCAUCCACCACUUUGUUGGAUUCCGGCAACAACUCGACUCGAUCUAACAAAAAAAAUAGCAAGGAGAGACAAGAACAAUUACACAAAACUCUGAAAACAUUGUCGGUCGCACCGCGGAACAAAGAUCAUUGUCUCUUUUUCUUCACCUUCGAUGGAGGAAAAGAAAGGAGAUGCUAGAGUCUCUGUCAUCUCCGGUCUCUUCUUCGUCUGCAUUAUCGCCGGCGGAGUAUUUCUUUUCCUUUACAUGCUUCUACCCGAAGAAAAAACCCAACCAUGGUACCCCUUUGCAGGAAUGGUGCUUGUGGCUAUUCCAUGGGCAUUUUGGAUCAUGACAUGUCUCUACAGAUGCUUUAGGCCCGCCGGGGCCAUGCAUACCGGGGACAGCGGUCGCUAUGCCAAAGCAGGCAGCAGCCGGGUAGCCACCAUCCCCACCACGAGCGGCGCAUUGACAGUUGGCAAUGCUUCAUCAGCUGCGGACUCCUCUGUUCAUUCACCUAAUGGUGACCGAAGGGUGCAGUUUGCCGGGGUGGUUGUAAUGGGGAACGAAGAUGAGGGUGGACGCAGAGGCCAGAACGGAAACGACAACCAUUAUCAAGCCAUAGACAUGGAACAUCACAAUACAAUCAAUGAUUCAGUUGGUUCUACGGAUAGUGAAAUGCCGUUGAGAUUAAUGGUUUGAUUUCUUUUUAUAAUAGUAUGGAUGUUGCCAAGUAGCGCUGUUCUGGUAAUCGAUAUAUAUCUCCGCCCUCCAGCGAAUGGACUAGUCUCGUGGCAACUGCCAUGGAAUGGCAAGAAUCAUAUGCAACUACGUAUAACAUCCUUCUCUUGCCACGGGGAACGAAAGCUCAAGGACGAUUAUGUAUAUGGGGAGGUGAGUUUGGAGUUUAUUCUUGGUGUGAGUGUGACCGUGUUAAUGUUGUCUGAAGAAAGCAGGAAAAUAUUUUAGAGGUAAACUGGAACCAUGUAAAGUCUUUCCCAACAAUGAUCAUACAUGUAGUUUGAUGCUAGAAAGUGAACUAACUAAAGAGGAAAGGUUUUCUUUGUUGUACUUUGAUUUUCUUUAGCUUAA